ACCACCAAUGGUUACAGAAAUCGUAUGCUUAAGAAACAACAUCAUUCGAAUACGUCCGUUGGUUCAUUCUCGCAAAUUAAUUUGUUACGGACCAUGGAGUCGGCAAUGCCUUCUCAGCUGUACAGUGCAUCAGAAUCGAACUCAGAGAAAGAUGAAGACGCGAUCAGACUUCAACAACACAUACCGCAAGUCCAUCAGUUCAUGGAACUCCAAGGGCGAAUAGGCGAGGGCACGUUCUCAUAUGUUUACAAGGCUCGGCUCAAAUCUCAGCCAGACCGGUAUUUUGCGCUCAAGUACAUUAUACCUACUUCGCAUCCGAGCAGAAUCAUGAAGGAACUUCGAUAUCUCAAAGACAUCGGAGGCAAGGACAACGUGGUGGAGUUGAAAACCUGCUUUUUGCAUAAAGGAAACGUGGCGAUCGUUAUGCCGUUCUUCGCGCACGACAGAUUUUCCGACUACGUACGACUCCUCAGCGUGAAUGAGGUUCGCGAAUACAUGAGGAACCUUCUGAAGGCAUUAGCGAGGGUUCAUCAGUUUAAAGUAGUUCAUCGAGAUAUCAAGCCCAGCAAUUUCCUUUACAAUAGAGAGCGGAAACAAUACUGCUUGGUGGAUUUCGGCCUCGCCGAGAAAAUCGAAAACGAAAUCAAGUGUCUCUCCCCUGCCUUUGGCUACAGUCAGGGAAGAAAACGUGCGAGGAACGACCAAGAGAACUUGGAAAGCAAAGUUAAGCGUAUCUGUCAGAUGCAAAUGACUCCGGGAGCGCUACGCGUCUCGAACGGAGUUACACCGGGAACAAUGCUGACGGGAGGACUCAGAGGACCAGGAGUGUCGACUCCCAUUCCUUCGAAUGUGAAACUAGAACGUCGUAGAUCCGACACGCACCUGACGUCUAAACGCUGUCUCUGCUUCGGUCGUAAUGAGGUUUGCAACGUCUGUCUCUCGAGGCCGACCGAGGUGGCUCCUAGAGCCGGCACACCGGGAUUUCGCGCACCAGAAGUUCUUAUGAAGUUCCGCAACCAGAGCACAGCAAUCGAUAUAUGGUCUGCAGCUGUGAUUUACCUCUCACUCCUGAGUGGGAGAUAUCCAUUCUUCAGAGCACACGAUGACCUCAGUGCCUUGGCCGAAGUCAUCACCCUCCUAGGUUCGGUGAAGGUCGAAGCGGCCGCCGAAGCUAUCGGUAAGAAAUUGACGACGUCCUCUCGCAAGGAGCCCAUGGAUAUGGCAGCUUUGUGCCUCAGCCUGCGAGGAGUCGACAAUCCGCAACGCAGAGCUUGCUUGGACCCCUCGUGGCUACAUGUCGAUCGAGUGGCCUUCGACCUGUUGUACAAGCUCCUUGACCCAAACCCGUUCACGAGGAUCACGGCCGAGCAAGCUCUACAGCAUCCCUUCCUGCGUGAGGGGUCCCGGAUGUUAGACAAUUCGAUCUCAUACCAAUGA